AAUUGCAGUGCCAAUAAGCAGUCUAGGUCUGAACAGUAGGCUGCCUAGGGUUAGUAUGUCUAUAGCGUAACACUCUGUCCCAAAUUCACGUGUACUCACUGACCUUAACAGAGCAUCAGGCAUUUUAAGAAGUGUCUCAAACCCCAGAACGCAUCCAAUCGGUCUCCAACUGAUAGCCUUUCAUUUCGGAGGCCCAUAAAUCAGUGCGAGAGCCAUAGCUACUUGUUAGAAUUAAUUCUGAGAAGAAGUCGUUUGGGACGCGACGCAGUGCAUUUUUAUCAUCGCGGCGGUUCUGACGUAGUACCCCGCGCUCUGUAGACGGGACUGCAUGCAGCAGCGCGUGAACUGAACGAAAAAAUGCUAAUCUGUGGACGAGGAUGACGAUGAUGAGGACUAGGAUGCAUUGAACGGGACAGCCGGCGACGUCAGCGAUCGAUUCUCUGUAGCACGUUUAUGAUGUGAGACGACCGGCUGCACUUUGCAGAGACAGCGAGGAGGGGGGGACCUGCAUAUCAGCGCGGGAAAAAAAAAUCCCGGUAAAGACGCCGCGCACUUGCGACAAUUAGCUCAAAAAAAAAAAAAUCUGCAAAUAUAAACAUUAAUGCAUAGCUGAUUUCUUUUGGAGCUGUCAUCGAAGACUGAAGCAUGCGCCAGUUCGCGCUGGACGUCGGGACGUUAGUGACACUGUGUACGGUAUGCGUGUGCGACGCGUCGCGCGGCUGCGGGGAGAUUCAGUGCGGCGCGCGAGCCAACGGCAGCGCCACGUCGACGGGCUGCUGCGAUUUGCCGCUGCGCACCUUCGCCGAGCACGCCAGCUGGCUGGCGCGGAAGCUGUCCGGGCUGCUUAUCCUGCUCGCCCUUUUCGCCGUGGGCUACUUCGUGCAGCGGCUCGUGUGCCCGCGUCACCGCCGUCGCGGCCGCGCGCCACAGGAACCCGAAUCGCUGUUAGGGGCGCGCGCCACCGCGUCGCAGGACACGCUGCUGGAGCGCUUCGAGGACGGCGGAGGAGUGGACGGAGUGGACGGCUUCACAUCGCCCGUUCUACAGCCGCCGGCCUACGAAGAGGUGAAAGACCUGCCGACGUACGAGGAGAGUGUGCGCGCUGCCGGGGGAAGCGUCAGGCCGGCGGGAGUGGGGCGCGAGAGACCGGAAGCAGCCAGGAUUUUCAGAAACUCUGUUUGACGGGCAUUUUCUAUUCUCAAACACUACAACUCAUUUAUCCCAAUUCAAGUGCAAUUAUAAGUGGUGGCGGUGUGUUUUAAAUGUAGGUGAGUCGCUCAUGACCCAGAACUUUUCUAGUGCUGUGUUUCUUUUUAUAUGCUAUUUAUAAGAGAGACUCUACACACUCUGGACUGUGUAUAUUUCUGAGUAUCUGAGCUGGAAAAAGGGGGGUGGUGGUGGUGGUGGGGGGGGUGGCUGUAGGUAUAGUGAAAUUUGUGGAAUGAUAUUUUCAGCAAGUGUAACUGAAUAAAUACUGUAACGAAUAUUUAACACAACAUUAAUCUAUGAUAUGAAAUGUAACACGGAAAUAUUCAUGCAGUUUUAUCUGUUUGGCCGGAGACUGUGAAACUGUCAUAUGCCUAAUACACGACUAUUUAUUUAUUUAUUAUUAUUUUUUGAUGCAAUGGCUAGGGCGAGAGGCAAAAAUAAUCAUGUAUAUGGAAAUAAUACUCGUGAUCCGGACUCAGGGUAAAGCAGUAGCCCACACCAGAACCCUUGACAGCUGUGCAGGUGGCUAAAUGUAAGGUACACAUCUGGGAAGGAAAAAACUGAGUCAUAUUAUAAUUCAGUUCAGCUGACCUUAAACUGGCAUAGGAAACUGUGCUAAUUAACCAAACUAAGUGUAUCUUUGGUUAGUGCAGAUGUGCAGCAAAUGUUACGGAAAGCAGGCCGGGACUUAUAUAAUAUUAUAUUUCCAGCAUCGGUGUUUAAUAAGGUGUAGCAAAUAGUGCAAGACUAUUAUCUCUUUUCAGAACCUUGGUAUUCUAAAAAGAUUUAAAAGCGCUUACAUCCCAAGUGCAAUAAAGUUUAACAAAAAAAAAAGCAAAAAAAAGAAAAGCUCUAUGAUGUUUCUGAUCAAGGCCGGUGGUUUCAUGCAGUUCAUUAAUCCAAUUCCCUGUGCCCUGUAUCAUGUAGCAUUUCCCAAAGUUUGCUUGUAUCUAUUAUGAUAGGCCAGUAAUGCACAAGGCUUUAACAUAAACACAUUACUCAGAUACACGGUCAUUAGGUUACUAGAUCUGAUGCAUAAAAAUGGUUUUGGCAAUUAAAUGUUGAAAUCCAUUAUCAAACUUCCUCUGUAAACAGACAAUUUGUGUCAGCAGUGCAGUUAUUCAAUACGGCUCUAGCUGUUCAAAUAGAGGAAAAAUUGAGCCCAGAUCAAUGGGCAUCAUGGAGCAUUAGAAGAGCAGGACUCCGGUGUUCAAGCUGCUUUUUGAGACUCGAUGCAGCCCCCUUUCUAAAAGUGCUUUUAAUUAUAAAUUAUAAAUUAGAGCUAUUCUUGCACACACCUUGCUAUGGAUUUCCACACUUGAAGCAACCACCAAAACUGAGUUCAGAGUCUUUGACCUCUAUGAAAAUGUGCGAGUGCCCCAGCGAGACGUGUGCACUUAGGACAGGGUUUUACAGAAAGUGAGGCGUUCCUCGUUGAGUCAUGGUCUGGCGUUUCGAUAGCCAUUCCAUCGCUCGUGCAUUAAGACUCUCUUUUCUGACAUUCAAGAGUUCCCAGAAGUGGACUUCUUGUUAAGACUGCCCUCUUCUAAGUUUUCACUGAGCACAGAGGAGCAAUGGCUUCCACAAUGAAAGCUGGGGAGUGGACAGUGCAUGAAUCAAUUGGCAUGAUUUUAAUUUGUAGAAGUAUAAGGACAGGCUCUACUAACAUUAAUCCCAUCUGAGCAUGUUGCGUGCAGUUUUCCCUUUAAUUAACGUCCUAUUUAACCUGCUCAUCCGGUUAGAACACAGGCGUGUCCGCAUAAAAACUAGUAGUUACUUCAAGAUUCCACAUUUCACCUUCUCAUCGAUCAGAGAAUCAGACAAAAUGCCGUGUUCAAGGGACUGGAUGCUAUUCAUAAGGUUUCAUAAAUUCCUUGCACAUUUAUAAAUUCUGUGAUAUUAUUCAGAACUUACAAGGCAAUAAUCUGAUGAAUGUACAUAAAUAUCAUUACUUGGAUAUGAAAAGAAUAUAUACAUAUAUAUAUGUACACAGAGUCUUGCCCUGAUUUUUUUCAGAACAUCAGGAAUAUGAGAAAUACCAUGUUAACAAAUAUCUACUGGUGUACAGUGCAUCAC